AUGAUCUUGAUACUAAUUAGUGAAAAUAGAUACUAUCAAGAAAAUCUGUUACUUCCAGAGCUCUAUCAAGCUAAUCUUGCCAGUGGCUCUGUUCUAAAGACAGCUAAAGUAAUCUUGUGUGCUCUAUUUAAGUAUAAGUCAUCUUUAGUAAUAGCAUCAAUAAUUAUACUGAGUAAUAUAGACUUUGUUAUGGUAAUAAUACACUGUAAGCAUGUUAUGAUCAAUACUGAUGAUAUGAAGCUUGUUCUUGACAUUAAUACUAAAAUCAGAUUAAAUUAUUUUGGUCUGAUUGAUGCAUCUGAUUGCCCUGUCUCUGCUGCCACUAUCUGCUGCCUGCAUACUGCUCCCACCCUGUCAACUACUGCUGCCACCACUCCACCACUACUGCCAUCAUCCACUACUGCCUCUCUGCCUUCCCCUGGCACCAUCAGGGUCUUCACCCAUCAAAUAACAGGUAUUAGAGCCCCUGUCUGGUUCACAAAGUCAGUUCUAGAGAAGCAGAAAAAGGAGAAGAAGAAGAAGAAGAAGAAGAAGAAGAAGAAGAAGAAGUAG